AAUUGUCUCACAUUGCCUACUGGGACAGUGUUUUCUUCGGUGUUUUUGUUGUUUCGCGGGAAAAUGAGGAAAAGCCUCGCGCCGAGUCAAACAGGCACCAAGCGCCCCAAUGCCACCUUCAAAUGCCCCCUCACAGAGCCCCUGAAGCGCCCCAGGCGCUGCAAUGAGACUGAAAAGAAGCCUCCUCCGCCUCGGAUGUCCGUCUCUGAGCAUGAAGAUUUGAUAGCCAAGAUCCUCAGUCGUCCCUUUAAGGUUCCCAUUCCGGACUACGUGCCAGAUUCUCAUGGGAAUCGCUGCUUAGGGCUGAAGAGGAGUAUCAUCCGGCGAGCUCUUCAUGAUCCGUAUGCCUGCAACGCCUUGGUGGUGUACACUCCUCCUGAACUCAGUCAGCACGACAAGAUUCAUGUGGAUAAAUCCAAGAUUCUGGUACAUGUGGUGGUGGAUCCAGUUCUGGGGAAUAUUUUGCGUCCUCAUCAACGGGAGGGAGUGAAAUUCAUGUAUGAUUGUGUAACUGGAGCCAAGGGGGAUUUCUAUGGGUGUAUAAUGGCAGAUGAAAUGGGCUUGGGGAAGACACUUCAGUGUAUUACGUUGAUUUAUACUCUGCUGAGGCAGAGUCCAGAGUGCAAACCGACAAUCAACAAAGCCAUCAUCGUCUGUCCGAGUUCUUUGGUGAAGAACUGGUACAAGGAAUUUGGGAAAUGGCUGGGCAGCCGGGUAAAUGCCUACGCUGUGGACAAUAGCUCCAAGGAGGAAACUAUUAAGAAUCUUGAGCAGUUUAUGGCAAAUAAAGCUGUAAGAUCGGGGACUCCUGUACUGAUCAUCAGCUACGAAACUUUUCGCAUCUACAGUGGCAUCCUCAAUGCCUCGGAAGUGGGCAUGGUGCUCUGCGAUGAAGGACAUAGGCUGAAAAACUGUGAAAAUCUGACUUACCAAUCUCUCAUGGGGCUCCAGACCAAACGACGCGUGCUUCUGUCCGGGACACCCAUUCAGAAUGAUCUCACUGAGUACUUCAGUUUGAUCCAUUUUGUCAAUCCCGGAAUGCUGGGCAGUACAGCUGAGUUCCGGAAGCAAUAUGAGAUUCCAAUUCUGCGUGGUCAGAAUGCGGAUUCUACGGAUGAAGAGCGGAAAAAAGCCACGGAAAGGCUGACAGAACUCACGAAUAUCGUCAAUCAGUGCAUGAUUCGACGUACCAGCCAGCUCCUGACCAAGUAUCUUCCCGUAAAGUUCGAAAUGGUCAUCUGCGUGCGACUGUCAGAAGUCCAAGUAAAUCUCUACAAAAACUUCCUCAAAUCCGACUCGAUUCGCAAAACCGUGCUCAAUAAGGAUGAAGUGAAAGCCAAUCUCACUGCCCUGUCCAGUAUCACGUCCCUCAAGAAGCUCUGCAACCAUCCGGAUCUGAUUUAUGAGAAAAUCCAAGAGAGAGCUGAAGGUUUCGAAAAUGCCGAAAAGUUCCUACCUCCCGGAUACAGUACCAGGGAAUUGCUGCCGGAACUCAGUGGGAAGCUUAUGCUGCUGGAUUGUAUGCUGGCCAAUAUCAAGAUGAGCUGCGACGAUAAAGUUGUCCUCGUGUCAAAUUACACGCAAACCUUGGAUGUCUUCGAGAAACUUUGCCGGAAAAGAGGUUAUGGCUACGUUCGACUGGACGGCUCGAUGACCAUCAAGAAGCGCGGGAAGGUCGUCGAUGAGUUCAACAGAAGCGACUCUGACCAAUUUGUCUUCAUGCUCAGCUCCAAGGCCGGAGGAUGUGGUCUCAAUCUAAUUGGAGCCAAUCGCCUGGUGAUGUUCGAUCCCGACUGGAAUCCAGCAAAUGACGAACAGGCAAUGGCUCGAGUGUGGCGCGAUGGACAGAAGAAACCCUGUUUCAUCUAUCGCCUCCUGGCCACGGGAACCAUCGAAGAGAAAAUCUUCCAACGGCAGACACACAAAAAAGCCCUCUCGACCACCGUUGUGGACAACAAUGAGGAUGCAGAGAGGCACUUCACCCAAGACGACCUUCGAGAUCUCUUCAAUCUGGACGAGAAGACCCUCUCGGACACUCACGGGAUCUUCAAAUGCAAGAGAUGCGUCAAUAACAUCCAAAUGAAACUUCCUCCAGAAGAGUCAGAUUGUACCUCAGAUCUCUCUCAGUGGUUCCAUUCAUCCACGACCAAGGGACUUCCGGACAACAUCCUCACGGAUUCCUGGGCAGUCACCAAGAAUGUCUCCUUCGUCUUUCAUCAUCGCAGCAAUACAACAGUCGACAAGGCUCCGAAGCUCGAUGAAGAAUCUGAAGACAAAGAGAACAAGAAGGGCAAGAAGUAUUUGUCAGAUGACGAGGAUUACGAUCCUCCUGAGCAGGAGGAUGACAAAGAUGAAGAUUUUAUUCUGUAAAUUAUAAAAUAUUGGAGAGAAUAAAUUCAGUUAUUUUUGAAA